GGCAUUUUCUUCCCCUCUACCCAGAGGCAAGCGGGAGAGAGCCAAAGAUGAUUUCUCAAACCGCAGCAAAACCCACCCCACUCUUUCUCUUUCCAAGACUCUCCUCUCAUUCCAAAACUACAAGAAUCCAAUCCGCCCUUUUCCCAUUCCCCUCAUUCCACCAAAACGCUUUCGAAAACCUGGCUCUAAGGAGGAGCUCCAUUCUCCUCCCUAGACCCCAAUAUCUCAGAAUUCCCGCCAUUUCUUCGAGUCCGGAUUCGAAUUCUGUUGCCAUUUCGAGCGCAGAAGACAGCAUAGAAGAUGUUGAAUCAGCCCGCCUUUUCGAGAAACUGAAGGAUGCAGAAAGGGAACGGAUAGAUAAAUUAGAGAAGCUGGAGAAUAAGGCAAACAUGCAGUUGGAGAGGCAGUUAGUUAUGGCUUCAUGUUGGAGCAGGACAUUGCUGACCAUGCAAGGAAAAUUGAAGGGAACAGAGUGGGAUCCGGAAAACUCACAUCGGAUCGACUUUAGUGAAUUCUGGAGGCUUCUCAACUCUAAUAAUGUACAGUUCAUGGAAUAUUCGAAUUUUGGCCAAACCAUCUCAGUGAUUCUACCAUAUUAUAAAGAUGGCAAAAACGAAGAAUCAGAAGGAAAUUCUAAUAGGGAAAUAGUUUUUCGUCGCCAUGUUGUUGAUCGGAUGCCAAUUGAUUGCUGGAAUGAUGUUUGGCAGAAGUUGCAUCACCAACUGGUAAAUGUUGAUGUUCUUAAUGUGAACACGGUGUCCGCAGAAGUCUACUCCACUGUUGCAACUGCUGUUAUUUGGUCUAUGCGUCUUGCUCUUUCAGUUGCUUUAUACCUCUGGAUUGAUAGUUUGAUGAGACCAAUAUAUGCAAAGCUAAUACCUUGUGAUUUGGGAACUCCUACAAAGAAAGCAAGACAGCCCCUCAAGCGCCGAGCACUUGGUUCUUUGGGCAAGAGUCGGGCGAAAUUCAUAUCAGCAGAAGAAACUACGGGUGUGACUUUCAACGAUUUUGCUGGUCAGGAGUACAUAAAGAGGGAACUGCAGGAGAUAGUGCGUAUCUUAAAGAAUGACGAGGAGUUUCAGAACAAAGGCAUCUAUUGCCCAAAAGGGGUGCUUCUUCAUGGACCUCCUGGGACUGGUAAAACAUUGCUGGCUAAAGCUAUUGCUGGUGAAGCAGGGCUUCCUUUUUUUGCUGCAAACGGCACCGACUUUGUAGAGAUGUUUGUUGGUGUUGCAGCAUCUCGUGUCAAGGAUCUUUUUGCCAGUGCCAGAUCGUUUGCACCUUCUAUUAUAUUCAUUGAUGAGAUUGAUGCAAUUGGCAGUAAGCGUGGUGGACCUGAUAUUGGCGGGGGUGGCGCUGAAAGGGAGCAAGGUCUGCUUCAAAUACUAACUGAGAUGGAUGGGUUCAAAGUUUCAACAUCACAGGUGUUAGUUAUAGGUGCAACUAAUCGACUGGAUAUUUUGGAUCCCGCUCUCUUGAGAAAAGGUCGUUUUGACAAGAUUAUAAGGGUUGGUUUACCAUCCAGGGAUGGAAGGCUGGCCAUAUUACAGGUGCAUGCUAGGAAUAAAUUUUUCCGGUCAGAGGAGGAAAAGGAGAUCCUUCUACAAGAAAUUGCAGACCAUACUGUGGAUUUCACUGGAGCAGAGCUGCAAAAUAUAUUGAAUGAAGCUGGAAUUUUAACUGCAAGAAAGGAUUUAGACUACAUUGGACGAGAAGAACUAUUGGAAGCCUUGAAGAGGCAAAAGGGUACGUUUGAAACCGGUCAAGAAGAUAGUACUGAAAUUCCGGAGGAGUUAAAGCUGAGGUUGGCAUACAGGGAAGCAGCUGUGGCUGUUCUUGCAUGCUACUAUCCAAAUCCUCACCGUCCUUUCACUGAGACUGAUAUUCGUUCCAUUCGCAGCAAGCCAAAUAUGCGUUAUGCUGAAACUCCUGGAAGGUUUUUUUCGAGGAAGUCAGAUUAUGUUGAAUCUAUUGUCCGUGCAUGUGCCCCUAGAGUAAUUGAGGAGGAGAUGUUCGGGAUUGAUAACUUGUGCUGGAUUUCUGCAAAAGCUACAACCGAAGCUUCUACCUUGGCAGAAAUAUUAAUUCUGCAGACAGGAAUGACAGCAUUUGGAAAGGCAUAUUAUAGAAAUCAAAGUGAUCUUGUACCACAUCUUGCAGCAAAAUUGGAAGUACUCAGGGAUGAAUUCAUGCGCUUUGCUGUGAACAAAUGCUCAUCUGUGCUCAGAGAGUAUCAUUCUGCUGUUGAGACAAUCACAGAUGUAUUACUUGAAAAAGGAGAAAUUAAGGCAGAGGAAAUUUGGGAUAUAUACAGGAAGGCUCCACGAAUACCUCAGCCAGCUGUGCAUCCAGUUGAUGAGUAUGGGGCACUCAUUUAUGCUGGACGAUGGGGAAUCCAUGGGGUUUCUCUUCCAGGGAGGGUUACUUUUGCACCAGGAAAUGUGGGUUUUGCAACAUUUGGUGCACCUCGGCCUCUGGAGACCCAAAUUAUUAGUGACCAGACAUGGAAGUUGAUAGAUGGCAUUUGGGAGAAAAGGAUGCAGGAAAUCAAGGAGGAAGUUUCUAUGGAGAUCAAAGAAGAUACAGAGAAACCACAGCUGUUGAUGGUUGAUCACUUCCUUUGAGAAUUCGUUGGAUAUUCUCUAUGAUGUUAGUUGAAUUCUAGGCCAAUUGGAAUUCAGAAAGGGUUCCAAUGAUCAUCCUGCAUGAGGGCAUUAGCACCUCAAGUGUCUUUUCCUAAAGAAGGCCAGCUCUAGUAAGUGUUUGAUUUCUUUUCAAUCAUAUUCUUCACAUAUGAGAAUGCUAAAGAUUUCUCCGAAGUUCUGAUGUGCAAUAUAUAAAUAGCUGUAGAUCCUAAGAGGUAUAAGCCUAGAACGGCCCAUCAGAUAACGGAGUUGGUGGUGAUUUGAGAUAUGAGAACGUGGGCAAUGAUAGCCCUUAACAAUUUUGUAGCAUGCUAAUGAUGAUAAUGUAAGGCACUAGUGCCAUGUAUAAUUUUCUUUGUACAUGCUUGGCAUCACCCCAGUGGUAAAAGAUUCUAGUGAGCAUAUUAGUCUUUGUACAUGCACUAGCACAUCAUCUGGAAUUUUCCCUUUUCUGAAGGCUAUGUAAUCAUAUGUUGUAUGACCA